UCGUCUUUUUCAACUUCCUCUUCUGCUUCUGAGUUGUUGUUGUUAUAUAGUUAAAGUCUAGAUCAGCCAUUGUUGGUUAAUUAUUCUUUGAUUAUCAGUAAUUUCAAAUACUGUGACACAAUGGACUUGCUAGGGUCUAUUCUGAACUCCAUGGACAAACCACCGACAGUGAAUAGUCAGAGAAACAGUUUGAUUAAAAAGCAAAGAGAGGAAAUCCAAAGGAAACAAAAAGAAGAACGUGCUCGUCUCCAGGCGUUUAGAAAUGAGAUUGAGCAGAAAAUAAACAAAUUCAUCCAGGAUGAUACGCAGCACAAGUUCAAGUUUGAUCCCAUGGAUAAAGUUUCCCGCAGUAUUGUACAUGAUGUGGCAGAGAUCGCUGGUGUUGCUGCAUUUUCCUUUGGUGAGGAAGAAGUUGAUAGAGCAGUUACUUUGUUCAAGAAAGAAUCUGCUCCUUGUGAUGAUGAGUUGGCUGCUUUAAGGCGUGGAGAAGAAUGGGAUCCUCUCAAGGCACAAGCUGAAGCAGAAAGACGAGAAAAAGAACUGCAGGAGGAGAAAGAGGCCAGCAGGAAGAGAAAGUCAGACGUUGUUCCUACUACUAAUUAUCAGGAGAAGUAUCAUCAUCUCAUCGGGAAAGAAGCUGCCCUGGAUGCAGCACGAAUCACUCAAACAAAUAAACAGUAUGGCUUUGUUCCAAGUGCCAACAAGAAGGACCUGAGGUCCAUAGAGCAAACACUUGCUGAUAUACAAUCAAAGAAAAGGAAAAAGUUGAGCCAUCCUGAUGAAGCAUCAUCAUCAUCAACAUCUGCAGAUGCUGGUGGCAGUGGACAAUGAAGAUGUCCCUAGAUGAAUCCAAUUCUUUUUCUCCUCCUUAAAUUUUGGAGUUAAAUUAUUAUUUGUACAUAUUCAUUAAUUUAAGAUAUCUAGAAAAUCACGUUUUGUCAUUUCUAUACUGAAUGACAUGCUUCAUAUGUUUGUGCCUAUUACCUGCCCUUAACUUACAUUCAUUGAUAGUCAUGCAAAGUGGUUGCCUACAAUGCAAUCUAUUUCACGGCAUUUGUUGCCAUUUUUUUGUAGAGGGACUUCAGGUUUCACCUUAAGUGCCUGUUCUUUGUUAUUCUAGUUGACGCAAAUGUUGCUGAAAGGCAAAGGACAUUAAACAGAUAUUCACAACCUACCUGAAA